AUGGCAAUGCAUAUCCGUAAGGCACAAGAGGGUGGAAGGCCUACGAUACCUAAGCUCAUUGAGAAGCCAUAUAAAUGCGCUACUUCCCUCCUCGUUUACAGAAUCCUAACCUUUCACAACAAGAACUAUCAAAUACAGAUGGAGGGAAUUGAGGACUUUGAUCAGGCAGCAGCAGGAGAUCAUUCAGAAGUAGCUGAAAGUUUUGCCUGUCUAGAUGACGAUCAACAGCAGCAGCAGCUUCAACAAAUUCCGAGGAGGAAGAAGAAGAAGGGCGGCAAGAAUACAACAACUAAGAGGUUCAGUGAUGAACAGGUGAGGUCACUAGAGUCAAUGUUUGAGUCAGAGACAAAGCUGGAGUCAAGAAAGAAGAUGCAACUAGCAAGAGAACUUGGGCUGCAACCCCGUCAGGUUGCUAUAUGGUUUCAGAACAGAAGAGCUAGAUGGAAGACAAAGCAGAUUGAGCAAGAGUACAAGACUUUGAAAGCUAAUUAUGACAACUUAGCUUCAAGUUACGAGUCCUUGAAGAACGAAAGAGAGUCCUUAGUCUCACAGUUGCAGAAGCUGAGUGAUCUGCUUGGCCACCCUUACGUAUGCGACGGAGGCCUUGCUUCAGUACUUCACGAGGGAAACCCCAAGUUGGAGGCUGAAACACAGCAAGGACUAGACAACACUGUAAUCCCCAACAUGUGUGAGGAUAAGAGCAGGGAAAAUGGGGAUGAAGGGCAAGGAUUUCUCAACAGGGGAUCAUCCGAAUACAGUGAUGAGACAUUAGCGUCAGUCUAUGAGAAGUUGUACAGUUCUGAUUCAGGGGGCCAGUUGGAUCUAUCAUGGAGCAGUGCACAUUGGUUUAAUUUCUGGACUUGA